UGUUCUCCCUACAAUUUCUUAAAUGAAAAACCCUCGGCACGAUCUGGAUCUGCAAUUAACACAAGAAUUAGUAGGUUGAGUUGCACAGUUUAACCAACCAACCACUCCAACCCACUCCCCACUCCAUCAUAAUAAUCAAUUCUCAAUCAUCUGUCUCUCUCUCUCUUCCCCCCUCUUUCUCUCUCUAUUGCCUAGCACCAAACUUGAAGCUUCCUAUAUUUUGUUCACAUAAAUCGUCAUCUCUUGCUUCCAAAGGCAACCUCAGCUUUGAUGCCCAUCCAAUAUAACAGGGCCCUCCCACACGUUCCCCUUUUCUGAAACUGAGAUUGUUUAUAUUCAUCACUGUUUCAUGAGCUCUUGCUGAUAUCCCGGGAAUUGUUUGCUUCCGUCAUGAAACAACCGAUGAAGGAACGCGUGGAGAGAUUUGUCGUUCUUCCUUUCGCCGUCGGCUGCACUUCCGAGUCGAGUGUUGCAGUGGGCUCGAGUUCAAGUCUGCAGUCGUCGACUAAGAAGCCGAAAUCAGAGUCAAGGCCGUAUGCUGAAACCACGAGACAACAGAGAGGGGAGCGUGGUUUGAGCGGAGAUCAUUAUCAUCAUCAGAAGCCAAGGAGCUCCCUGCCCAACUUCUUCUACGGGGUCCAAAAACUCAUAGCAGGAAGCUUCAAAAGUUUUUCUCAGAUAUUCGUGUACAGAGAGGAAAUGGAGGAAGUGGAGAUAGAGAUGGAGAUAGGGCUCCCGACGGAUGUGAAGCAUGUGACCCAUAUAGGGCUGGACGGGUCCACAAUGACAAACCCCGUGAAGGGUUGGGAUAACUUGGCGAUGUCGAUGGCCCCUGAGAUUCUUUCCUUCCCUUCCCUCUCCCUCAGUCAGUUCGAGCUAGCCAUGUCCGCACAGGUUGUCGAUGAUGCACCCCAUCCCGUCAUUGUCGAUCCUAAUUCCAAGUUUGCCCGAAACACCACCACUGUUGGUGGCGGCUCAUAAUAAAUCGCUUAUCAUUAGGGUCGAUAUCAAUUACUAAUUUCAUUUCAGCCUAAUGGUGUGUUUCGUCAUGCAUGCUUAUAGUCGUCAUAUGUUGGCAGAACGUGAAGUUUUUUCUAGAUCAUUUUUAUUCUUCCGUGCUUUGUAAAGAUUAGGGCUAAAUCUCUAGAUUUGAAAUUUGCCCGUUCCCCAAGCCUGAGCUGUACAGAUAUAUAUUUGAAUGUUGUCAAAAGCUGAGCGAGCGAGCGAGCGAGUUAUGGCGCCCUUAAUUUGAAGUGAUGACUUCAAUAAGACAAUCUAGAAUGGGCUGAAUUUUAUGCUUUGCCCCUUCUUUGAUG